AUGACUUCCAAUAUUACCAUACAAGACGGUAAAGUGGAAUUAAGCCCAUUUGAUUCAACUGAAUUGUCCAAACUUUUACAAGAAACUAUGGAAAAUAUAAAAAAUAAGGAAAACGACGAAACAAUAAAGAAAGAGUUAAAAAAUACUAUUCUUUCUAAAUUAAAUCAAAACUCUUCACAAUAUAAAUAUAUAAUAUCAAUUACAACUUUAGCCAACAAAGGUGAUGCAAAUGAUAUUACGAUAACGAAUGAUGUGGGUGCAUUGUGGAGCCCAAAAAAAGAUGGUCUAUUAAACUUUCAGCUACUUAAUGAUAUCACCAAAACUCAAUAUUUUAUUACGGUUUUCUAUAUUUUUAAAUAA